AUGACCUUAACGGAGGAUAUCAAUAUACGCAGCUAUAGCGACGAUGUCAUUGCACCUUGCACCCAUUCCUUCUAUUUUACACCCACCCGCACCGUCGGCAAUCUUCACAAGCCACCCGUGAAGAACCGGAUGUACACCCCGGCGAGUCCUCGGGUACCUGACGAAGGUGUCAGGACACAAGUCAAGUACCGGGGCCGCGGUAUCUGUAAUACCAGCUUGCCUUUGAACCCGUACCAACAGAGCAAGAUUGCCCCAGCCACAAUUCAACUUCGAGGUGUGUACUGUAUGCCGGCGAGUCUAUCCUGCCCAGCUGUUCUGCUCGCUGCUUGGCGCCAGACACUACCACCCAAGCCCCAGCCCAUCCCCAUCAUCCCCGUGGUUCUCAUGUGCGACCGGAAGAAUGUACAGUAA